UCCUCCCCUAAGCCAGGGCUGACCACCCCCCCUCUGCGGGGCCAUGGCCAAGCCCUGGGGAAGCUCCACCUUCUGGAACCGCUGAGCUCCCGCACCUGUGAAGCCCAAAGGGCCAGAACGGGUGAGCUGGGGGACCCUGGGCUGGCCAUGUGCCCAGGUGCCUGGCUCCCUGACCAUGUAUCUGUGGUGACCCACCUUUUCUCCCGCCGCCAUGAACCGGUUUCGCAACAUCAAGCGCAUGCAGCCACUCCAGGGACCCUCAAAAUGGGUCCCCACUCUGGGCGAGCUGCAGAAGACCCUCCAGAAGGGCGAGUACCUGCCCCUCCGUCCGCUGCCAAUGUUCGAGAGUAACUUUGUUCAGGUAAACAAUCGAGGGGCCCCCGUGUACGUGCACCACAGAACCAACCGUCUGACCAUGGGUGUGGCUGCCUCCCUGCCAGGCCUGGUACUGCCAGACAUCUUGCUGAUCGCUGAGCGCGGAGAGGGCAAGGAGUGCUCCAACCUCGCCCUCACCAGGAUGCUCCCGCUGGACCUGGCCCACCUCUACGUGCACGACCUGUCUGCCUGGCGCCUGAAGCUACGCCUGGUCACAGGCCGCUACUACUACCUGGAGCUGGACGCCCCUGAUAAUGAGCUUGGCUUCCUGUUUGACCGCUGGAUCCGUCUCAUCAACCUGCUCCACGAGCCGGCCACAACCUGGGCCCCCAGGACCCUGAGCACACCAACCAUGGGCCUGGCCCAUGUGGUACCUCCUGCUUCCACCUGGCGCCUCCAGGCCCAGCCCCAGUCCAAACAUUCAGUCAUGAUUGCCAAGCCCACAUUUCCUUACAAGCUGAUGGCAUCUCAGAGACAGAAGAAAACCAAGACCCUCAAGCGCAGAUUCAAGUCUCAGGCCGUGGGCGAUUCUGUGCCUCUCAUCUGGUCACGUGCGGAGCAUGCUCAAGCCAAGAAGAAACCUACAGAAAAGUCCCAACCAAAACUCUACCUGGACACAUCUCAGACAAAAAUCCAGGUUUCUGAGAAGCCCAGCAUCACCAUCCGUACCAUCUUCAGCAUCAUUUCCAACACCAUCAACCACACACAGUCCUCUUCCAAGGGUCACUCAUCUGACUCGGAGGUGGGCACAGUCCUUGGAGGCUUAGUGGAGACCCCUGUCCGGUGCAUCUCGGAGGACAGCCAGGAGCAUUCCCUGGUGGGCUCCUAUGACUGCUUGGACGCCUACCUGUGGCAGCAGGAUGUUGAAGACCUGAUGGACCCGGAUACCAGCACCUUAUCUUCUUCCUCCUUCAGCCCUGCACCUGGCCCUCCAGCCUUCUACUUCCCUCAUGCUUUGCCCUCUGGCCAGAAGCACAAGGGAAAGGCCGGGCAGAGGCCGCGGCCAUCGCGCUCCCAGAAGUCCCCAUCUACCCGGGCCACCUCUUCGAGGGUUCCAUUCAUCCUCGACCAGUCCAAGAAGGUCUCGGCAGUGCGCGCCCCAUCCCAGAAGACCUCGGCUGCCCCUGGCUCAUCCCGGAGGGUCCCCACUGUGCCUGGUGCCCCUCAGAAGGUCCCCACUGCGCCUGGUGCCCCUCAGAAGGUCCCAGCAGCACAGGGACCAUCUCGGAAGGCGACACCUGUAGCGACCACCUCCCCAAAGGCCCCACCAGCUCACGGUGCAUCCCGGAAGCCCCCAGCUGCCUCGGCUGUUUCUCGGAAGGCCCAAGCCAUACCUGCCCCAUCUCGGAAGCCCCCACCCAUGUUGGCUACUCCUCAGAAGCCUCCAGCCGUACCUUCCCUGUCUCAGAAGUCCCCACCCACCCUGGCUCUUCCCCCAAAGGCUGUGUCCCCCACUCUCCAAAGGAAGAAACCUUUGUUCAUCCCUACCCCAUCCCAGAAGGCUGUGACCUCACCUAGUCGGUACAAGAUGACCCUGGAGAGGGCUGAUUUUGGCCUGGGGCCCGAGAUAGGUCCUAGAAGGGAUGCGGCUGAGAGAAGGAAGCAGGAAGGGGCACCCCAGCCCAUGUUGUUCGUGGGCACCCAGGAGAUGGACGUACUGGAGACAAGGACCCAGAAGACAUCCAUGGAGCUGCCUUUCACCACCACGAAGAAGCAGUCAGAGGAAGUCGUGAUCAGCAAAGCCCGGGAGAUCACCCUGGAUGGUCUGAAGGGCUGGGGCUUGCUGGAGGACAAGGUCCACAGAAAGAAGGAGAAGAUAUCCCUGGACAUGCCUGGCUUCAAAUCCAAGGAGAGGGCAGAGCAGCAGAGGUGGUUCAAGGCCCAGGAGCUGGCCAUCGAGGGAGGUCCAGAGGAGCAGAGCAGGCCCUUCUCGGUAGAAGGCCUCACGCUCGCCAAGAUGAUGAUCAUGGCCAACUGCAAGGAGCCCCCCCGGAGACAAGCUGCAGUCGGCCUGCCCUCCUGGCUCUCGGCUCCCCAGGCAUCUAUGUCAGCAGAGGGCAUAGGGCCCCUCAGUCCCUGUUCUGCACCCUUGCCAGAGAGGAAACCAGUGGCAGCUAGGAAGCAGUCCCCAUUGGGUCCCUGGGUGCCCUCGUCAGAGAGGAAAGCAGCGGUGGUUAGGGAGCAGUUGGGCUCUUGGGCGCCCUCUCCAGAGAGGAAACCAGUGGCAGUUAGGGAGCAGUCCCCAGUGGGCUCCUGGGCACCAUCGAUGGAGGGGACCCUGGCAGGGUUUAGGGAGCAGUCCCCAUUGAGCUCCUGGGCACCCUCGACGGAGGAGCCUUCAGUGGGGGGUAGGGAGCAGUCCCUGGUGGGCUCCUGGGUGCCUUCGAUGGAAGGGACCCUGGCGGGGUUUAGGGAGCAGUCCCCAUUGAGCUCCUGGGCACCCUCGACGGAGGGGCCUUCAGUGGGGGGUAGGGAGCAGUCCCCGGUGGGCUCCUGGGUGCCCUCGCCCGAGAGGAAACCAGUGGCAGUUAGGGAGCAGUCCCCGGUGGGCUCCUGGGCGCCCUCAACAGAGGGGACCUCCGUGGGGGGUAGGGAGCAGUCCCCGGUGGGCUCCUGGGCGCCCUCGAUGGAGGGGACCUCAGUGGGGGGUAGGGAGCAGUCCCCGGUGGGCUCAUGGGUGCCCUCGCCCGAGAGGAAACCAGUGGCAGUUAGGGAGCAGUCCCCGGUGGGCUCCUGGGCGCCCUCAACAGAGGGAACCCCGGCGGGGGGUACCCAGCAGUCCCCGGUGGGCUCCUGGGUGCCCUCGAUGGAGGGGACCUCCGUGGGGGAUAGGGAGCAGUCCCCAGUGGGCACCUGGGUGAAGGGGAAAAUACAUCGGUGGGCAGAGAGGAGCAGGCAUCAGUGGGCAGAGGAGAAAGCAAAUGUGGAGGAGCUGUUCCAGGACACCACGGGGCCUUCUGAGGUGCCCUACCUCCCCAAGCAGGAGAUGGGCAGUGUCUCCAGCAGCCAGAAGAUGGACAAUGUCUCCCUGUCUCCCACCUCUCUGUCUGUGUCAGAGGGGGAGGAUACAACCCGGUCACCAACCUCACUGACCCCUGUGUCAGAAGUGGGAGCUGGGGUGUCCCCACCGCUCAGCAGCAUAUCUCAAGAGCCUCGCGAGCCCAAGGAGAUGUCAGACCUCAGCCCUGUGACCACCACGGGGCUGUCCUCAACGGGUGUCUCACCCUCGCCCUUGGAAGUUGAGAGCGGGAUGGACCUGGCUGCCAGCGGGGAUAAGGAAGAGGAACAGGAUGUCUUCAGCCCUUCAGCCAGCAUGCUCAGUACCGAGAGCCCUCAAUAGCGGGAUUCCGAGGACUCGAUCUCAGUUGCCAAAGUGUCCAAAGGAGCCCAGCCUGGCCAGGCCCCCAGGGUGCUGUGCACCUUUACCGUAAGAAGCAGGGUGCUGAAAAGGCCGGGCGGGAGUAUGCUCUCUCUCCGGCAGAGACCAGAGCUAUCUAUACCUUUAUAUAUUGGGGGGGGGGGGCGGGGAGCGGGACGGGGGAGAGCCCGCGGGGUGGCCCAGCUUCGCAGAGAUUAAAAGCCUGAGUCAGACUCAGCAAAAGUCGUGCCUGGGUGCCUGUGUGUGCGCGGGGGACCCUCAAGAGCUUGGUGGGGCUGGGGGCAGGAGGCUGAAGGGAGGUCGGCGCAGAC